AGGCAAAGCAGCAACAACAGCAAAAAAUGCGUAGUAUAUAAGAAAGUAAGUGGCAGAAAGAUUGCACACAUCACGCAAACGCCCCAACGGCGCGUUAGCCACGCCCCCUUUCUUACGCGAGUUCAAUGGCGGAGUGUGCAAUGGACGCAACGCCUAUGUACACGCAGCGCAACAGAAGCAAAGCAGAGAGCGGCCGAUAAAUAACGCAACAAAAGAACAAAAGCGUACCGCAGAGAUAGUGAGCGCGAAGGAGAGCGGGCGAUACGGUUUGUGCUCUCGCUUUGGAAACCCGACCGCGGCCAAAACACCCGAAGCGCGCGGGAGCCAGUUCCACGCGCCGACGGCAUCAUCAGCAUCAUCAUCUCAUCGCGGGCUCAUUUCACUUCACCAUUUCAUGUUAGGAUUCCAGCCGCGCUCGUACUCCGGGACACUCGGGCAGCGCAAAACGCAAAAGGUGUCGUUCGUGCUGGUUGGUGGUGGUGUUGUGUGUUGUGUGCCGGGCCGCGUAUUAACGGUUGGCGUGCGCGUCGUCGUGUUGGGUGUUUGGGUGGUUUGUUUGCGAUAACGUGUGCUGCGGUGUUGGCGUUUUUUCUUUGUUUUUGUUAGUUGUUCGCAGUCGAAUUUAGCACGCCAACCUGUGACGUGUCCGUUGCGAUGAUGCUACUUGUCGAUGGGUGGUGUGGCGUACGGGGGUAAUAGCAAUAGCGUAAUAGCCUAUAAAACAAAUGAUAAAAAGAAGCGUAUUUUGCGAUAGAGAGUGAGUGAGAGUGAGAGGGCGAAUGAGAGUGUCCUUUUCUCAGUGUGUGGACCCAGUAACGAUAACAUUCACGGUGAUUCGUCGUAGUAGGCUGCCACGUUGUGUGUUUACAGUGCUUAACGGGGAGGGCUACGCGUGUGUUUGUGAGUGUUGGUGCGUUUAAUUGUGUAACAAUUAUCCAAGUAAGCGCCAUGGUGAUGUGGGGGUUUGCACGAGGAUGUUGAUAGUAUAAUGCGCUGGCCGUUAGCCACUGAGUCGCGCCUGGGGCGUGUACUGCCCCGUUGGGCUGCCACAGACAAGCAUUCGAAACAGCUCCUUGCAUAACUUGUGCAUCACGCCAGACAAGGGAAGUCUUGCGAGCGAAUAGAGCAAUUUAGGAAGUCGCCAAAGUCAAAGCCAGCAGAUCCGAACACAGUCACAAAGCAAUGUGUAUGGCAAAGCAGUAGGUCAGAGCGGUCAGCAACAGAGAGCCUGUCCCAGGAGCCCUUACAACGCCUUGUUGGGGCGCGCCUGCAGGCUUAAAUUGUUGCCUUUCCAUACGUGCCACAGAGCAAACCACACGUCUGGAGGGUCCGCGCGAAUGCGAAGCAUGAAUCUGGAGCCCUUGCCCCGAACCGAAACGAUACACGUCACCGCACCGGCCGCAGCGGCGGCAGCAGCAGCAGCAGCCGCGGCCCUCCACCGUCCCGUACAGACCAUGCCGCAGCGGUCACCGUUCGCGAUCCAGGAGCUGCUCGGGCUGGGCAGCAGCGGCGAGUCGACGCGGCCCAGUGGCGUCGUGUCGGCGGUCACACCGUCCCUCUAUCCGACCACCGUCGGGCAGGCCUCGUUUGCGGCGGCGGCCGCCGCCGCCGGCUGUGCCGAUCCGCACCAGAUGCAGAUGGCGGCGGCCUCGCGGAUGGCGUACUUUAACGCGCACGCCGCCGUUGCCGCCGCCUUUCUGCCCCACAACAUUGCGAGUGCGGCCGCCGGCGGUGGGUCGCUGCAGCUGCACUCGGCACAGUCAGCCAACAAUUUUACACACUUAAAGUCAACCUUUGGCGGUGGUGGCGGUGCGUGCUUACCGGGUGGUGGUGUAGACUCCAGCAAAGACUUUACCAUCGACGGGCUAAAUAGUUAUGGCAAGAAGAAGAAGAAGAAACGAAGACACAGUCGAACGAUAUUUACCAGCUACCAACUGGACGAGCUCGAGAAGGCCUUCAAGGAAGCGCACUAUCCGGAUGUGUACGCCCGGGAAAUGCUUUCCCUCAAAACGGAUCUCCCAGAGGACAGGAUACAAGUGUGGUUUCAGAACCGGCGGGCGAAAUGGCGCAAGACUGAAAAGUGCUGGGGCCGCAGCACGAUCAUGGCCGAGUACGGGCUGUACGGGGCGAUGGUGCGGCACUCGCUACCGCUGCCGGAAACGAUCCUCAAAUCGGCGAAAGAGAACGAAACCGUCGCGCCCUGGCUGCUAGGCAUGCACAAGAAGUCGCUCGAGGCGGCCGAAACGCUCAAAAACUCCGAAGAUAACAGUGACCGUGAAGAGACACGGACGGAGUCGAGCGAAACGAGCGGCGGCUCGGCGGCCGCCCUCCACUGCACCCUCGGCUCCUCGCCCCUCAAGUCGCCCCCGCUCGCGUCGGACGGGUCCGGGUGCGGUCGGGGCGACUGCGGCGCGGAUGGUGCUGGCGGACGAGACGGCACCGGAGGAGGAGGUGGGGGAGGAAUGGGUGGGAAUGGGGCACCGCUGAACGGCAAACACGGCAGCAGCGUCAGCAGCGCCGGUGCGGCGCGAUCGGCCGCAAUGGCGAAAGUUUCGCGGUACGGGUCACCGACCGGUGGGCGGCCACACUCACCCUCCGUCACACCACCGGCCCCGGUACAUCCGCACCAUCCGCCACCAUCCGCUCACCCGUCCUCGCUAGCAGCCCAUCCGCUGGGAUGCCACCCGGUCUCCAGCAGCCACAGCUCGAUGCACCCUUCGCCCACGACAACGACCAUGACGGCCAGCACGGGCAGCGGGAUCAAGCUGCAGCCACGAUCGCCACCGCUCGGGACAUCGCUGGCGGCGGGCGGGGCCGGCAGCGGGGACCACCAUUCGCCGGUUGGGCAUGGGCCGCACGGACCGCACCAUACGGCCGGCAUUCCGCCCGGGCUGCCGGGCGAUGGCGGCGGCGGCGGCGACUUUCUGCACACUGCCACCAACAACAACUAUCACCCCGAAAACGACCACGAAGCGUUUAGGUGGGUUGACUACAAGGAUCCGGUCGCGUUCAUACGGAACAACUCAAUCGCUUGCCUCCGAGCGAAGGCCCAGGAGCAUCAGGCCCGGCUGCUCAACAGUGGACUCCUGCUCCAGGUGCGCUCGCUGGCCGGUCUGCAAACGCAUCCCGCCUUCGACGGGGGUUCCGUGCCGUCGCUCGGCUCCCCGUACGAUGGGUCCUGCUCGAUCGCGGGCCAUGCCGCCCUGCACGCCCAGCAGCAGCGUACACCGCCCCCUUCCCAUCCAGCGCAAGCCCCGCUCGACGGGACGCUCACGUCCGCCGCGCUACUCGAAAUCGAUCGACAGCGGGCCGAGGCGAACAGCAGCAAUGGGUCCGCGAUCUCGGUGAAGGGUGCGAGCAGCAGCCCCAACGUCAGCACUUUUUGACAGCAUUUAUAAGCGCGCCUCACCUUCUCGUAACCCGAAAGCCUACUAUCUACUACUGCUACUACUUCGAAACACACAACCAUCACAACAGACACAAACACAAACGCACACCAUUCAACGGCUCGUCCGAUUUUUGUGUAGCAAAGAGGAAACAUCAAUAAAACAAACAAGUACAACGAA